AUGCUGAGCCUGCUGGUGUUGGCGCUGCCCGUCCUCGGGAGCCUGGUGCACGCGGCCCCUGCCCCAGGCCGGGCCCUGGAGCGAGCGGGGAUCGUGGGGGGCCAGGAGGCACCUGGGAGCAGGUGGCCCUGGCAGGUGAGCCUGAGGUCCAAUGGCCAGUUCUGGGAGCACAUCUGCGGGGGCUCCCUCAUCCACCCCCAGUGGGUGCUGACAGCGGCGCACUGCGUGGGACCGGAAGUCCAGGACCCGGCAGACAUCAGGGUGCAGCUGCGCGAGCAGCACCUCUACUACCGCGACAGACUGCUGCCCGUCAGCAGGGUCAUCCCCCACCCCGACUACUACACCCCCCCAGCCGGGGCGGACAUCGCCCUGCUGGAGCUGGAGGACCCCGUGAACAUCUCCGGCCAGGUCCACACGAUCACCCUGCCCCGGGCCUCGGAGACCUUCCCCCCGGGGACGCGGUGCUGGGUGACAGGCUGGGGUGACGUGGAAGAUGGUGUGCACCUGCCGCCACCGUUUCCUCUGAAGCAGGUGAGGGUCCCCAUAGUGGAAAACCACAUCUGUGACGCCAGAUACCACACUGGCCUCGCCACGGGGGACAACGUCCACAUUGUCCGGGACGACAUGCUUUGUGCUGGGAAUAGCCGGAAGGACUCCUGCCAGGGCGACUCCGGAGGGCCCCUGGCCUGCAGGGUGAAGGGCACCUGGCUGCAGGCGGGCGUGGUCAGCUGGGGCGACGGCUGCGCUCAGCCCAACCGGCCUGGCAUUUACACCCGCGUCACCCACUACGUGGACUGGAUCCGCCGCUACGUCCCCAGGGAGCCCUGA